AUUCUGGCCACGACCUCUUUUUUUGACAACGCACUAGGCUAACCAUGUUUUUAAAUACUAACUUGACCUACUCAUCAAUCACUUGACACAACCAACCAGCGUCAAUAAAACCCAGCCCCAGCCCAAGCUACACGCCCAUUGUUCAGUCAUCCAUCCAAGACCGACCAAAACGGGCGGCCCCUGAAACCUGCCAGCAUUUCGAGAAAGUGAAAGUUCAGACAGAGUGAACACUGGUCGUCGAGAGCUCGCCGGCCAUGGCGACCUACGACAAGGCCAUCGAGUCUUACAAGAAGGCGGUCACCACGGCGGCGUCCCUGGCGGCGUCGGCGAUGCUGAUGCGCGGCGUCGUGAACGAGCUGGUGCCGUACGAGGUGCGGGGCUUCCUCUUCUCGGGCCUGGGCUACCUGCGCUGGCGCAUGUCGUCGCAGCACACGGUCGUCAUCGAGGAGACCGAGGGCUGGGCCAGCAACCAGCUCUACGACGCCGCGCGGACGUACCUCGCCACGCGGAUCAACACCGACAUGCAGCGCCUCCGCGUCAGCCGCGUCGACGAGGGCAAGAGCUUGAUGUUCAGCAUGGAGGAAGGUGAGGAGAUGGCCGACGUCCACGACGGCACCGAGUUCAAGUGGCGCCUCGUCUGCCGCGACAGCACCAGCGGCGGCAACGGGAACGGGAACGGCCGCGGCGGCAACGGGAACUACCGGCUCGAGGUCCGCUCCUUCGAGAUGAGCUUCCACAAGAAGCACAAGGAAAAGGCCCUCACGUCCUACCUCCCGCACAUCUUGGACACGGCCAAGAAAAUCAAGGAGCAGGACAGGACGCUGAAGAUCUACAUGAACGAAGGUGAGUCAUGGUUCGCCAUCGAUCUCCACCACCCGUCGACCUUCAGCACGCUCGCCAUGGACCACCAGAUGAAGCAGUCGGUCAUGGAUGAUCUCGAGAGGUUUGUCAAGAGAAAGGAGUACUACAAGAGGAUUGGCAAGGCAUGGAAACGGGGGUACCUACUGUAUGGCCCGCCUGGGACUGGCAAGUCCAGCCUGAUUGCAGCCAUGGCCAAUUACCUCAAGUUUGAUGUUUAUGAUCUCGAGCUGACUGAGGUCAACUGGAACUCAACACUUCGGCGGUUGCUCAUCGGGAUGACCAACCGGUCAAUCCUUGUCAUCGAGGACAUCGAUUGCACCCUCGAGCUGCAACAACGGGAGGAAGGUCAGGAUGGUACCAAAUCCAAUCCGUCAGAGGACAAGGUGACACUAUCUGGGCUACUCAACUUCGUCGAUGGGCUUUGGUCUACAAGCGGGGAAGAGAGAAUUAUUGUCUUCACAACAAACUACAAGGAGCGGCUCGAUCCGGCGCUUCUUCGCCCUGGCAGGAUGGACAUGCACAUCCACAUGGGGUACUGCUGCCCAGAGUCGUUUAGAAUCCUGGCCUCCAACUAUCACUCUAUCAGCAACCAUGUCACAUACCCGGAGAUAGAAGAGUUGAUCAAGGAGGUGAUGGUGACUCCGGCAGAGGUUGCAGAAGUGCUUAUGAGGAACGACGACACUGAUAUCGCACUUGAGGGCCUUAUCCAGUUCCUCAGGGGAAAGAAGGGUGAUGCCAAGGAUAGCAAAGGUGAAAAUGUGGAGCAUGUGGCCAAAGAGGAUGAGAAAGAGAUGAUGAUGAAAAAAGAAGUCUCAGACAAUCAAAAUCUGAAUGAUGCAGGGAAACAAUGAUGCUCAAAUAGUGUGCAUAUCAUAUAAUAUUACCAUAUAAAUAGUGCCAGAAAAAUCAUGUAUUGUUUUGAUAAUUAAUAAGAGAUCCUUUUUGGAUCUAGAGAGCAGUCUGAUAUUAUGAAACUAUAAUUCCUUCAUAAAAUCAGAUGCCACAUUGAAAAGUACAUGUAAGCCUAGUUGUACUCACAUGAGUAUAUGCAGCAAUUUCAAUGUACCAUUUUAUAUAAAUAAUCUACAGUAUCCAAGUAAUCAAUGUUGUCAAAACCAACAGACUACAGGACAUUUUGCAUACCGACAUGGCUUCUCAUAAUAGAUUAAUCUUCAGAAUCGUUGUUCACCACAUUUUUUUCUUGUACGCCAUUUUCUUCUCAUACGUCGUACUCAACAACUAGACCAAGAUUAUCAACAAACUUGUGGUACACCUGGCACCCUGCACACUG